GGUAAUGAAGGUCAAUGCGCUGAGCGCGAGUCACUAGUUCAACACUUGUUGAGUCUUACUUAUUUGUUUCCUGCGUUGUUUUUAUUCGUAUAUUCUCAUUCGAAAUCACCUUAAAAUGGCCAUAACUAUCUACCAUUUUCCACCUAGUGCACCCUCCAGGUGUGCAGUGCUAGUAGCAAAAGCGCUGGGCUUGGAUGUGGACAUAAAAGUCGUUAAUCUUUUCGAUAAAGAACAACUCAAGCCUGAUUUUGUAAAGAUUAAUCCCCAACAUGUUGUCCCAACUUUAACUGAUGGUGAUUUCACCAUCUGGGAGAGCAGAGCAAUUGCCACCUACCUGGCCAACUUAUAUGAGAAAGGUGACAAAUUGUAUCCAAAAGAUCCCAAAGCCAGAGCUUUGGUGGAUCAAAGGCUGCAAUUUUGUGCAGGGACACUAUAUCCAAGAAUAAGGGCAAUUUGUUUUCCAGUAUUAUUCCUUGGGGAAAUUGAAGUUGAAGAGUCAAAGAAAUCUUCACUAGAAGAGGCUAUUGGUUUCUUGGAUAUAUUUUUGGAUGAAAAUGACUUUGUCACUGGAAAUACUUUAACUAUUGCUGACAUUUCAAUUGCUGCAUCUUUAUCAAGUAUUAUUGCUGUUGGUUGGGAUGUUACAGCAUAUGCCAAUGUAGCUAAGUGGUUUGCAAAAUGUACUUUAGAGAUACCAGGCUACAUGGAAAUUAAUGAUGCAGGAGCUCAACAGUUUGGCAAAGCUGUCAAAAGUAAACUUGCACCCGGCCAAAUUUGAAAUAAAAAGCGGUUUCCGCAUUUUUCCUUAAA